GCGAAGCGUAUCGGACUCUCCUCCUCUCUCCAACCGCGCCUGCCUCUCUGAACCUCCCCGCGCCAGGAUCCAUCUCUCUCCCUCUCCCACAGAAGGGGUUUUAACUUUCCGACAUUCCAGUCGGCUCUCAAGGUAAACGCUUUAUUGGAAAGGGAGACCUUCAUCUCACUAGAGGAAAGAAAUAGAGAGAGAGAGCGAUAACGAGACUGUGACGGCGGCGUUUUUUUUGCCGAGCGGAGACCUGUUCAGCCCAGAAAUGAUUGGCUAUUUCUUUCAAAUGAGAAAGUCUGAGAAAUGUCUUUUUCCUUGGGCGACACCGUCAGCACCCCAGCCAUAAUGUACAGGCGGAAACAAGCGAGUGUUUGCAUCCUCCAAACAAUAUUUGGAUUGUCAAGAACUCAAAGAUCGCAGAUUGCUGAAUGUUGAAUGCCAUUUACACCUUUGCUGACAUCAACCCACGCUAUUGAGGAGCGUCUUAUUUCACCUGUUACUUUCCAAUCUCCUUGCAAGAGCUAACGUCACUGAGAAACUCCACCUGAUCAACUUUCACCCGUCGCCAUGGAGAAUCUGAGUGAGCUCCAGAACCCGCUGUUGGACAAAAACAGUAAGCACAUGGUCAACGGUUAUGGCGGCGACUUCCCUAACAACCAGUAUCAGGAAAACAUUAUCAAUUACUUUGCUGGAGGAGGAGGUGGAGGAGAGGGAGGAGGAGGAGGAAAGGUGAAUAACGGCAACGUAGUGAGCGGAGGUAGUUAUAAUACCAACGGGAAGAUGAAAUCUCAGCAGCUUUUGGACGCCACCUCGCUGCAUCUGGCGGUAGAGGCCUUCUACAGACCCAACUUCAUCCUGUACAAGGAGGACAGCGGCAGCAUCAAGGCUAAGGAAUACAAAAGCGAGUGCUGUGAGACCACGUUCACAGAGAAGAAGGCCAAGGAGGCGUCCAACACGACGGGGACGGAGACGCCCGGCACCGAGGACCCCCAGGCAAAGCUGCUGGAAGACGGCGAGCACAUCAAGAUCCAAACGGUUUCCUAUGAGGUGGAGGAGGAGGAGUAUGUGGAGUAUGAGACGGACUGCUCCAGCGACAGCGAGAGUGAGGACAACUUCAUUGUCGUCCCUCCACGAGACCACCUGGGCCUGGCCAUCUUCUCCAUGCUCUGCUGCUUCUGGCCUCUGGGGAUCGCAGCAUUUUACUUCUCACAGGGGACCACCAAGGCAGUGAAUAAAGGUGACUUCCCACUGGCCAACAUCGCCUCCAGACGCGCUUUGUUCCUCGCUGCCCUCUCCAUCACUAUAGGCACCGGUGUGUAUGUGGGGGUGGUGGUAGCUCUCAUUGCCUACCUUUCUAAACCAGGACACAUAUAGCAGGCGCACCUUCCCUCCAACACACCUCCGGGGAGCCCAGGAAGAGAACAACCCCCCUCAUGGGAACGACAUUGCUCCUGCAGACUUCGAGGAAAAGUUUUUCGGGGAUGUACAGUUUUUUCCCUCCGCCUUCCUUUCUUUCCAGCUUUCUCUCCCUACAGGCCCUCUGUCAGCCAAGAUUAGCCACAGUGACUGGAGAGAGGUCAAGCUGGAGGGUGAGAAGAGGGGGAAUUGGGGAUAGACAGUUUUUUUUCUUUUGUUUUUUGAGACAGGGUUUGAGUAAUGGAAGUAUUCCAUGUUGGAGUCCAGUUUGCAUCCCAUUGACUUAAACCCCUCGUCUUCAUCCUCUUUUGGCUGGUUUUUAACUUCUGAGAACCCUACAGACACAUUAAGGAGACAAUAAUGUUGUGCACUUAAACAAUUGUUAAAGGAGGGUUAGAAAUCAACACAAAAUAACUCUUAAACCAACUCGAUGUUGUUGUUAUUUGAGCUGCUUUUAAAAUCGGAUCGUCUCUGUGGAAGUCCCAUCUCCUGUCAUCUCAGUUCUCCACCCUGAACUGUCUAAUAGACCGUGAGCUGCCCUCAUCGACUCAAAACUACCAAGACUGCAUUUGUCUCUGGGCUGAUUGCCUCAAGGCAGAUGACCAUGCUCACGCUUUUUGUUUUUUUUCAAUCAUGACAAAGGAGGGGCUUUUAUUUCCGGAUAAACUUCAGAAAAAAAAAACCAGAACUACUGAUUGUUAUUUCAAUCAAAGAAGAAGAAAGCUCUGAGCGUGAGGGAGAGAAGAAAAAAAAACAGAUCAAACACGAUCAGAGGCUGUUUGUGAACAAUAUGCACUGGCAUGAAUUACAAGAAUCUCAAUGGAGCCUCAGGCCUGUAUUUUACCUUUGGGAAGGUGUCCAUCCAUCAAAGAUAUGCCCUAAAAUGUAACUAAAUCUGUUCACGCCAGAUAUGUUUUUUGCCUACGUACAUGCAAAUGUGCUUUGUUUUUAUGUUUGUCUUUUUUGUGUUCCCUGCUGUCUGGAAGGCACCUUGAUUAAUCUCGCUUUAAGGAAUGUUCAUUUAUAGCCUUUGAAGUAAAGCACACAUGCGAGGCGGCCAGAUGGUCAGAAAUUCAGGGGAAACGGUGCACAGUGUCUCCCCCAAAAACGCUGCAUCUGCUACGGCAACACCAGCCAUUCACAAUGGGCGAGGAGGUUGUAAAUCAGGUAGAUAAUAUCAUUAAAAGGCAGGCUUAACUUCUCCUCCAGGGCUGCAAAAACAAACAAAGAGUCGCAAUCUGGCAGCGUUGAAUUUAACUGUGAUCAAUUAUUUGUUGCAUGACCUUAGGUAUGCCAGCAGUGUACUGCUACGCAUGAUUGAUUGGAUUUAGAACUUGUUUUUGUCGGAUCAUAAAAAAAGCUCAAAUUAAAAUUGAUCAGACUGCAAUGGAGCUCGUAUUUUGUGCAAUGCUUAAACCAACAUUCCCCAAUUCCAUUAAAACAGAGGACAUUUCAUAGUAAUAAAGCACUGAGACAAGUUCAAAGACAGACGCUCGACAGACAAAUUCACUGAUUCUCGAUCUACGAAGGGCUUAUUAAUUACAGACAUUUCACUUUGUGUUUUUAUGUUGUAGAUGCAGGCAGAUGGUAGUUGGAGCCUCGAGAGGUGACAUUAUACACUUAGUUUCCCUGCACAGGUCCUGCAUUAGUCAUACCUGACAUUUAUGGUGCACAAUUAGCUCCAUGUAAUGGCUUUUUCUGAAGGAAUGUGUACUCUCUGGAGCACAGGCCUAAAAUAGCACAACCACAUUAAUUUCACUAAUAAGCCACUUUUGGCGUCGCUGGUUGCUGUCAAACCCUGCAAGUAAACAAUCCAUUUACACAUCCUCAGCUCUGUGAACAUUUUAAAAUAACCAUGUAAGUCAGUUCUGCUGUGUUAAUGAAGAGUGAAAAUUGCCCAUAUUCUCUGCGAGGGGAGGUUUUCAAUGUGCUUUGCUUAAAUAAAAACUGCAGCUAAGACUCAAAGCUUUUUAUUUUUGGCUGAAUGAAUGAAUCGGAGGAUGAUAAGACGAAUGCUGAUUGUUUGGGGCUGUAAGAUUCACCUCAUUGAGUUUUCUGGUGAUCUGAAACGCUGGUCAUUAAACUGUAUAUGUUUGGCCUUAUAACCCCUUCGGACCACUUGUUCCAGUGGUAACUCAUGAGCUGCUGAUUCCACGUCAGUGCACGCACACAUCAUGACCAUCACUGUAACUAUACUGAAAGACUCUGUACGUCUGCUUUCAUCUCUUGGAGAAAGUUUUAUUGCUGAUAAUGAUGAACAUGCUUUGUGUUAUGUAGCGUGUCAUUCAAGAUGAUGUGUUUUUAUCUGGCUUCUUUGGCAACCUGGUAUUGUGCAAUGUGUUACAACAGUACGUGGGUUUCAGU